AUGCUCGUCCAGCUGCGCACGUUUCGCAUCCAAGAGGCCCGGUGCGAAUGCUGCACCAAGGGUCACCCAGCGGAGAACACCGUCCCUUGCGACCGUAAAGUCAUCACCCUUUGCAUUCGCAAAUGGUUUGGUUCUGAGUCUGCCUUUGAGAGGUUGGUCGCUACUGAUGUGUCCAUCGCUUUGGCCAGCGGUCUCGGCGAUGGAUCAUUCUCCUACUUGUGGCUCUUGAUGAUAUCCGCUCCCUUUCAUUGGUCGCAGGUGGACCAGCUGGCUACACGUCUGCAUGCACAGGACAUGGAGGCUGCAGCUGUAACAACCGUCAUCAACUUGACCUACUACUUCCUGACCUUCCCUUUAGUCGGACGCCUUGGGAUAAUCCUGGCAUGCAAGGCUCGGCGCCAACGUCAGCAACUUUGGGCAAAUGAGCUGUUGACAUGUGCAGUGUACCUUUCCGUUUUUCCAGUGGUCACGGCCCUUUUUGCCAUGCAGACCGUGCUAAUGCAAGUCACGGGCCAGCUCGCCGGUGCCGUCAUCUCUGCCGCGAUCAACUUGAUCCUGCUUCUGAUUCUUUUCCAAUGCUCGCAGGUGUCACUUCUCUCGCAUGAGGGGAGAUAUACUUCCGGCCCGUAG